AUGGCGGUUCCUGGAUCCGGCGAAACGGGGCCCAUCGCGGGUGUAUCCCUCGCCGUCAACAUGACCAUCGCCGGCCUCUUCGCCAUAGCUCUCUACAAUUGUCUCGAGAUCCUCAUCUCCCUCAUCACCCGCUUCAAGCGCCACGACGGUCUUUACUUCUGUAGCAUGAUGGUCGCCACUUUCGGAAUCAUCCUCCACUCCAUCGUUGUCUUGCUGCGGUACUACAGCUUGGGCCCUAAUUUCCUGCUCUGCGUCUUGACAUGCAUCGGAUGGUACGGCAUGGUUACCGGUCAAUCUGUCGUUCUCUACUCAAGACUACAUCUCAUCGUCGAAGAUAAAUCCAAAACACGAUGGGUGCUGUACAUGAUUAUUAUUAAUUUUUUUAUACUACAUGUCCCCACGACGGUUCUUUUCCUCGGCAGCAACACGGCGCAUUCGAGUCACUUUAUCGGAGCAUUCAACGUCUACGAACGCAUUCAAUUAGCAGGUUUCUGCAUACAAGAAACGAUAAUAUCAGGCCUUUACAUCUGGGAAACAGCGCGGGGUCUAAAACCCAUCUUUGCCGUUCGAAAAGCCAUGGAGCGAAAAGUCAUACGAUAUCUUGUCAUUGUCAACGUCCUCGUCAUCCUUCUGGACAUGAGCUUAAUAAUAACACAGUACAUGAGCCACUUCAACAUACAGACAACCUACAAACCCGUUGUGUACAGCAUUAAACUCAAGAUGGAGUUUGUGGUCCUUAACAAGUUGCUACUGCUGGUGCAGCACAGCGAUUGCAAUUGUAUGCACAUGGUGGGCGAACCCGAAAACAUAGCAGCGCCGGAUCCUUCACACACGGAAUGCCAAUCAGUCGAACGAACACCUUCUACCAGCGACACGCCGAUGCAAUUAAACGCUGUACACAAGCUCGACGGCGAUGUACCACCGCGGUUGGAUUACAGUCAAAGGACCAAAUCACUACAAUUCUUGACACCAUACUGUGAGUAG